AUGCCAGGUAAACCAGAGUCAGACCCAUGGCCCAGCCCGGCCCUCCUCCCCCAGGGCAGGCAGACAGACAGACAGGUGUUUGAGGCUCCACCUCUCUCUUUACUCCUCGCCCCAAAUCCUGUUGGAACUUCUGGUCAGGGUGUAGCCCCUCUCCCACCUACCAGACUUGAGCUCUGGGACUUGUCAGGCACAGCCCAACUCAGGGGCCGUGGGCUGGCCACCUGCCCAUCUCUAGCCGGCCUGCGGGACGGAGCGACCCGAGGGCACAAAUGGCCCACGAGUCCUGGGAACAGUCGCUGCUGUCCAGGCCCCAGCACCUUAAUUGCUUCUCUGGUUUUCUGGUUGGCUUCUCAACUGGAAAAUAUAAACCAGCCCUUCCUGGAGAGCAAGUCUCUUGGAAACAAAGAGCAAUAA